AUGAGGGGACUUUAUGAGAAACACUACAAUGCCUUAAGCACAUACCAAAAGUCUUAUUCUCUCUUUUCUGAAACAUACAAUUUGGGGUGGUGGAAUCACUCCAAUCUCAGCUGGAAAUCUAAAAGCCAACCAAAUAAAGCUCACACUAUACCUCCAUAUCAACCCACGUCCUCUAGAAACUCUUUAGAAGACGCUCUACAUGUAUUUAUAGAGGCACAGAGAGAGCGAGGAAAAUUCUACGCGCAUGCUCAAUUAAACCUUAGGGGGCAACAUGUGGCACAAACUUCAGGAUUAUGGGAGACCAACUUGAAAGAAGUGAAUACCAUAACCACUCGGUCCGGUAAGGUUAUUGAACCAACCCACAAACCUAGGGAAGAUGAAAAAGACCAUAGCAAUUCAAAAGAGAGUACCCCUAAAAAGGAGGCAGUGAAAAAUCCAUCUAGAAUGCAUCUUCCUCAAGCUCUCAAGUCUAUCUCAAAAUCCGUCGGCCAACAUAGUGAAAUCCUAGAGCAUCUAAAACAAGUAAAAAUCAAUCUACCUCUCCUACAUGUGAUCUCCCAGGUCUUCACAUAUGCUAAAAUCCUAAAAGACUUGUGCACUGUGAAGAGGAAAUAUCAUCUCAAGAAAACUGCUUUCUUGACUGAUCAUGUGAGUGCUAUGAUUGAGCAAAAGAUCCCACCAAAGUAUAAGGACCCUAGUUGUCCUACUGUCUCUUGCGUCAUCGGGAACCAUGUGAUUUCACAAGCCCUUCUUGAUCUAGGGGCUAGUGUUAACAUCAUGUUGUAUGAUAUUUACUUGUCAUUUGGGCUAGGAGAGAUAAAAGCCAUAUCAGUAAGUUUAUAA